GUGGCGCCAAAAUGAGAUGAAACGACGUCGUUUCAUGCUGAAAGCCUCCUUCCUCCUUCCUCCUUCCUCCCUCCUCUCAAAACACAAAACAAACACAACAGAGAGAGUGAGGUUUCUUCUUCUCCGAGACAGUCACCAAUGUCGCAUGUGCGAUUGCAUUAACCGCACCGAUUUCAGUCGAAAACUCAGGCCCUGGAGCAUCGCUGUUGUCAUCUCCUUCACAGAAUUGGGAAGGCUAAUUUCUCUGACACAGGAACCAACACAUCCUGCAAUUCCAAUACUUCUUGCUGUUGGGACAGUUCAUCAGCAUCUAAUCCAAAAUGGCCUGCGGAUGUUAGCUUCAAUUGUAGCAGACAUUGCUCAGUGCUUUAGCACUCAUCAGUUUGCGUGCUUAAUAGGAUAUGGUGCAAGUGCUGUCUGUCCAUACUUGGCAUUAGAGACAUGUCGACAGUGGCGUUUGAGUAACAAAACUGUAAACCUGAUGAGGAAUGGAAAGAUGCCUAUUGCCUCAAUUGAGCAGGCCCAGAAUAAUUACACCAAGUUACUGCGGUGCACAGAUUUUUGAAAUCUAUGGAUUAGAAAAGGAAGUUUGUCGAUCUUGCAUUCAGAGGAAGUAUGUCAAAAAUUGGGGGAUUAAAUGGCACUUCUUCAGUCUGGAAAAGAAGAUAUGUAGGCAGAUAGCUAUUGAAGAUACAAAAGCUAACUUUGCUCCAUUGAAAGGCUUUACAUUCUAUAUUCUGUGAAAAGCAUGGUUUCCUCAAGAUCUAUGUUUAACGCAAUGCCAUAUACUAACAUCAUUAGGCACCCUUUUAAGAGUUACAGUGGAAAAAUAAAUAAAUUACUCGAGUGGUUUUCAGCUUUGUUCAUUGAAGUUCCUCUGCUACAUAAUUACAUAAUUUUUGUAUCGUGGCACUAUUUCUAUCCAAUAUACACUGCCUAGUUUCAAAACAAUUGGGUAGAUUCUAUGCCA